AUGCCAGUGGCCAUCGAGCCAUCGAAGAUAGAGCCAAGAGCUUUCUCUACCUAUACCAUUGUGCUAGGUUCUAUCAGUGAGGUGCUAGGGUCUACCAUUGUGCUAGGUUCUAUCAGUGAGGUGCUAGGGUCUAUCUGUGAUGUGCUAGGUUGUAUCAGUGAUGUGCUAGGUUCCAUCAAUGAGGUGCUAGGUUCUAUCAGUGAUGUGCUAGGUUCUACCAGUGAGGUGCUAGGUUCCAUCAGUGAUGUGCUAGGUUCUACCAGUGAGGUGCUAGGUUCUACCAGUGAGGUGCUAGAUUCUCUCAGUGAUGUGCUGGGAUCUACCAGUGAAGUGUUAGGUUCUACCAGUGAGGUGCUAGGUUCCAUCAGUGAGGUGCUAGGUUCUACCAGUGAGGUGCUAGGUUCUACCAGUGAGGUGCUAGGUUCUACUAGUGAGGUGCUAGGUUCUACCAGUGAGGUGCUAGGUUCUACCAGCGAGGUGCUAGGUUCCAUCAGUGAGGUGCUAGGUUCUACCAGUGAGGUGCUAGGUUCUACCAGUGAGGUGCUAGGUUCUACCAGGGAGGUGCUAGGUUCCAUCAGUGAUGUGCUAGGUUCUACCAGUGAGGUGCUAGGUUCUACCAGCGAGGUGCUAGGUUCUACCAGUGAGGUGCUAGGUUCUACCAGCGAGGUGCUAGGUUCUACCAGUGAGGUGCUAGGUUCUACCAGCGAGGUGCUAGGUUCUACCAGUGAGGUGCUAGGUUCUACCAGCGAGGUGCUAGGUUCUACCAGCGAGGUGCUAGGUUCUACCAGUGAGGUGCUAGGUUCUACCAGUGAUGUGCUAGGUUCUACCAGUGAGAAGGAUGGUCCCAGUCUACCGUCAUACGAUGCCCUGGCCCGGAUCCUCCCAGACAACACCACUACAGCUCCAGCUGGGGAAACAGAGGAGCCACAGAGCAACAGACAUAUCAACCAGACGUAUCAGAAACACACUCCACACAAAAGAGCUCCUCUCCCUGACUUUGAGGAUGACCUUCAAAGCAAAGAAGUGGAGAACUACCGGACAGCGAUGCGUAAAAUGGCGGAGGACAUCAUAGCCCUGAGGACCCAGGUGGUAACCUUGGGGACGGACAACAGCCAACUCCGCAGUGAUCUCACGCUGCACCAGGACCUAGGGCGCCAUCUAUUGGACGAUACUGAUGUAGACGUCAUGACCAAGGCAGAGAUCGCUGACCGGAUAGCCUCUCUGAAGUUUAAGCUGGCCAGUGAGAGCAGCAAGGCUUCAGCUCAGAAAGACAAGAUACAACAGCUACAGAAUGAUCUGAUCAGGAAGAAUGACAGUGAAAAGGAGUUGCUGCGUCUCCAGAGAGCUCACCAGCAGCAACAGACUGUCCUACAGCGAUACCACAGGACUGUCUCCAAGACUGCAGGCCUGGAGGCCACCGUUAAACAGCAGGAGAAGAUCAUUGAGAAGAUGGAGAAGCUUCUGGACAACACACUGGCAGAGAAGAGCAAGGACAAUGCAGAGAGGAAGAUGAUGAUGAAGAUGAAACCAACAGGCGAGGAGGAUAACAGGAAGGAGAUAGCGACAGCAGCAGAGAACAGUCGACUCAGAGGAGAACUGGACAAGAUACAUUCCCAACCUCCACAAGCUGCCAUCAUCAUACAGCCUGCACAGGUGUUUCCAGACAGAGAGAGGCUGAGUCUGCUCAGUAAGCUGGAGAAGGCAGAGACCAGAGUACGAACACUUGAGAAACAGCUGGAAGAUAACUCUAAGCGAUGGGGCAGACAGAAACAAGACAUGCUGACCAGACUCAGUGAACACAUCUACGGUUUGGAUCGCACGUCAUCCACCAUCGCCCAUGAUCUACCCCUGGUCCAUGAUCUACCUCUGAAGAGAGUGUCAGAUUCUGUGCUGGAGCGUACCCGACAAAGAGAGCUGAAGCCGGUGAAGAAGUGACCCUACCUCCCAUACUUGACCUCUAACCCCCGACUACCUGUGUGUAUGUGUCCAUCAGAAGAGUCUGACCUCUAACCCCGACCUCUCGGCUACCUGACCUACUCAACAUACAGACCUGAUACCCAGCUAACACCCCAGGAGAAAGUCAUUAAUUUUUUAUUAGACAAUAAACAUUUUCCAAAAAAUACAAGUAUAUUUCAUUUUUGUUAAAUCAGUUGUAUGUUUUGUUUUGUCUGAUGUUUACGUGGACAGUUGUGACAGAUAUUUACUAGUCUAUUAAAACAGUAUUUGAG